CUAGGACUCCAAGCGCUCCUAGACACUCCAUCCACCCCAAAACCACCAAUGGGGUGAUACUCCCGUUCCCUGCCCACUGCGCCCAGAGAACCGAGUGCCCUGGCACGGCGGAGCAACCUACCAAAGAACCACUGGUCUAACUGCAACUUACCAUCUGUCGUGAUCUUGGCUAUCUUGUCCCCAAUGCACCAAGUUCUAUCGAUCGAACCGUAGCUCCUCUUGCUUUGUUGAUUUGCAGUUCUGUCUUCUCCAGUCUGAUUGGAUUUGCUCUUAGCAGGCUUCGCAGGUCUCCUAGAACAUAGCAGACCAGCUUUCCUCUUCUAGCUGGCGCGAGAAUCGUGGCGUUUGAAACGUACUCUGUCGCCAGGCGUGGUUCUUGUGUGUGUGUGUGGGUGGGUGGGUGGGUGGGGAGGAGAGAGAGAGAGAGAGAGAGAGAGAGAGAGAGAGAGAGAGAGAGAGAGAGAGAGAGAGAGAGAGAGAGAGAGAGAGAGAGAGAGAGAGAGAGGAGCAGAGGAAAUUUACCCGGCUCGGGUGUGUUAGCGCACACUAUUGUGCUUUUUUUUUUUUUUUUGUGUGUGUGUGUGUGAGAGAGAGAGAGAGAGAGAGAGAGAGAGAGAGAGAGAGAGAGAGAGAGAGAGAGAGAGAGAGUAGCUAAGAGGUCUGAUCUCAUGGCACUCAGUCAGAUUCACGAGAAGAAGGAGAUGGGUUCUUGUGUGUGUGUGUGGGUGUGUGUGUGUGUGUGUUUGUGCGUGGGUGGGUGGGUGCGUGUGUGUGUGUGUGUGUGUGUGUGUGUGUGUGAGAGUGCUUGUGUGUGUGUGUGUGUGUGUGUGUGUGUGUGUGUGUGUGUGUGUGUGUGUGUGUGUGUGUGUGUGUGUGUGUGUGUGUGUGUGUGAGAGAGAGAGAGAGAGAGAGAGAGAGAGAGAGAGAGAGAGAGCAGGAUGCCGUACUACGACGAUCGGAGUCGAGCGCCGACCCGUGUCUACGUUGGUCGGUUAUCAAGUCGGACUCGCAGUCGGGAUCUAGAAGAAGUCUUCCGCAGAUAUGGAAGAGUGCGAGGUGUGGAUCUGAAACAAGACUUUGCUUUUAUCGAAUUUGUCGAUCACCGAGAUGCAGACGAUGCCGUCCAUUACCUGAAUGGAAAAGAGUUGGAUGGCAGUCGACUCGUGGUCGAGUUUGCUCGGCCCAGGGGAAAUGAAGCUUCAAAUUGGACGGGCCCGGCUGGGAUGCGUCGCAUGCCACCAUAUGGAGGUGCAGGUGCAGGUGCAGGUGGAGGUGGAGGUGGAGGCGGAGGUGGAGGUGGAGGUGGAGGUGGUGGGCCUAUGGCUCGCAGGAAAAGUGGAGGAGUUCUUGCACAUCACAAAACAAAAACGAUGCUGCGAAGGGCUGGGGAUUGGAGCAACAAAUGCUAUAAGUGUGGAUCGAGAGGCCACAUCGAGCGGAACUGUCGUGCAAGCCCAAGGUCUAUGAGCCGAUACCAGAAUGGCAGUCCAUCAAGAUCGAUGUCCAGAUCCAGAAGCCCUGUGUAUGGGCGAAGGAGAAGCCCAGCAUAUGCACGAAGCGGAAGCCCGGCGUAUGGGCGGAGCAGAAGCCCUAGGAGGAGCUACAGUCGCAGUCGAAGCAGAAGCUAUAGUCGCAGCCAGAGCCCUGCAAAGAGGGGCCGAAGCCCUCGGCGAAGUAGGAGUCGCAGUGGAGAGAGAGAUGAGAGGCGAAAGAGCCACCCUGAUAACUCCCGUCCAAAUCUCAGCCCACCGAGGAAUGGUCGCAGUCCUGUUGAUGGCCACAGGAUGGGUAGCACCCGUGCCACAGCUGGUGGUGGAUCUAGAGGUGUCAGUGAAGUGAAGGGUGGGGAAGGCCUUGAUCAGGGUCGAGAAGAUAAGAAUCGGGGCCGAGCUCAAAGUCCAACAAGAGCCCGAAGCCCUGCAAGACAAGGUGUCAGCCACAGCCCUAGUACUCGUCGGGACAGUCCUGUGGUGGAUGGGGGCAGGAGUCAAAGCAGGAACAGUCCUAUUCCUGCUCGCAACGGAAGAUCGGGAAGUCCUGCAAAUGGGCCUGCCUCACACGAAAAGACUGAAAGAGGAAAGGAAAGGAACGAUGAAGGAAAUAGACCUGUAUGCAUCCCUCGAACUAUAACAGCAAUGCGACCGCGAAAGCGAGCAUAGCGCGGUGACCGAGGAGCGAAAUGUGAGCUGCCAUGCUUGUCAACAAGAGGUGUGGACGCUUGCAAGACUGUAGGGAUCUUCUCGUUUCCACCGUCUGUUUUUCUGUGCAUUUAGCUGCACUCGGUAGGAAACAGCUGAGCUGGAAAGAGCUGAGCCGGCGAGGAAGGAACAGUAGCUGAGCCGGCGAGGAAGGAACAGUAAUUGUGCGGCACAGGGAAGAUGUAAUUGUGUUGGCAAGUUGGCAACACAAAUUGUAAAGCAGCGUCCUGUGUUUCGUAUUCAUUUAGAAUAGGCGGCGGCCAUCCUAUGUGAUCAAGAGGUGUGGAUUCACACGCAGACAGCGAGUAUUUUCUCCUCCUUUGAACUGCCGGCUUUCUGUGCGUGCAUGCGUGUCGUAUUCAUUUAGAAUGGGGUGAGAGGAGGCGGCCAUCCCCUUUGUCGACAAGAGGUGUGUGGAUUCACGGCACAGACAGCAAGUAUUUUCUCCUUCGAACUGCCGGCGGCUUUUCUGUGCGCACAGUUGGAAAGAGCUGGAGCCGAAAAGAGAGAGAGCCGGCAAGGAAGGAAGUGUAAAUGUGUAAAUGCCGAGGGAAGCUGUAAUUGUAUGGCAAGAGGAACUGCAAAGCAGUGUCCGGCGUUUCGUUUCGUAUUCAGGUGAGAAGAGGCAAAGCGCCAGCGGAAAAGCCGAUGGUUGGUUAAGGAGCCGGCAGUGGAUGUGAGACAUGAAUCUAUGGUAGUACAAGCAACCGAGGGAAAGGUCUUGUCUGUAACUGCAAGGGAAGCUGGGAACAAACAAACAUGGCGGGGCUUCUUGCCCAGGGGAGGACAGAUGACGCGAAGGUGUCGUCAAGAAUGGAGAAGGUCGGAGUGGUGCAAUGGUGAGCAGAAGCUGUUGCUCAGGCUGUGACACCAACCACAAAACUGACUCUCUUUUUUUGAAAAUUUUCCUCUUUUUCCUUCUUGUCAACCGCAAAACUGAUUCUUAAACAGCAGCGGGGAGUGAAGAUGGGGAGGGGAGUGUUGCGAGGCCUGCUGCACAGGCAAGGAUGCAGAUGAUGGAAGGAACGUGGGCCUCACUCGUCUACUGAACACUGUCUCAAGUAUUUGGACUGAAGUCGGACCAGAUGCAUUUGGAUGGAUCCAACUUCUUGAACGUAUUGAGACCAUUACCAGCUCCACGUACGUGCGGUGGGUAUAUCUUGGAAAGUGGGGAAGUCGAGCGCACAACGCAGGCAAUCGUGCUAAUUCCGUUUCCAAGUACAAAACACUGAAAACAGUGUAUUCAACGAUCAGAAAUUUGUGCGGUCGAGAGCGCGAACGCAGGCAAUCUUUGCUCAUUCUAUUGCCUUAGGCUAAUUCUGUUGCCUUAGCCUAGUACAAAAGUGUAUUGAACAAUCGGAAAGUUGUGCAGCGGAGCGAGGCCCGGUACUUCUUCUCCGAAAGUGGCGAAGUUGGGCGUGAAUGUCCGCAAUCGUGCUAAUUAUGUUGCCAAGUACAAAAAAAAAAAACAGUUUACUCAACAGUGCCAACACUGAGGGAGAGAACGCAGGGGAGGGGGUGUGCAAAGCAAGUCGGACAGGUAAGGAUGGAUGGAUACAGAUGGUGCAUGUAGGGGAAUGGUUUCUGGAAAAGAAGUUGGCAAGUUGGGAAGUUGGGAGCGAAUGUGCGUGGCCGGAGGAUGUAUGGCAUUCAGAAAAAAUACAAAUUGCAAGAUUGUGCAUUGAACGGUGAGGGGAGGCUGGAAGCAAAAACAUCCGCCCUUUUUUGUGAAUCGUCAGGUCGUCAGGCAAUGAUUGGUAAAAACCGCUCUGCUCGUUGCCCCUACCGAAACUUGCGGCGGCGUAUGUGGACCUUGCUCUUCGGAUGGAGAUUGGACUCGCGGGACUGCUCUUAUUUGUCCGGGAGAUGGAUGAUGAGCACCAGGCUUAGUAGGCUCAACAAAACGAAAUAGGGUUA